AUGUUUUCUCUCCAAAUUACUGCCUUUCUCGUAGUUGCAGCUGACUUGACUCUGGGUGGACUCAUUUCCAAUGGCUUUAUAGCUACAGUGAUUAUACAAAAAUGGAUCAAAUACAGAAGCCUUGCUUCCAGUGAGCAGCUCCUUCUGAUUCUGGGAAUAUCCAACGUUUUUGCCAUAAUUUUACAGAGUACCUCUGUAAUAAGUGAAAAUGUGUUUAUCUGUAGCAACCAUUUAAUAUUAUCGACAAUCUUUUUCUUUGUUUUCUUUGUCACGUUCUUCAGAUUUUGGCUUACUGCCUGGCUCUCUCUCUUCUAUUGCAUCAAGAUAAUGAACAGCACCCAUUUCCUGCUUGUGUGGUGCAAGAUGAGGAUAUCAUGGCUAAUACACUGUCUCCUGCUAGGAUCCCUACUCAUUUCCUUGGCCAUUUCCUUUUUCGCAUUCCAUGAGUUUCUUUUUGAACUCCAGAGCAAUACAACAGCCAGCGUUGGAAACAGGACUCAAGAACAGACACUGAGACAGACUGUUGAUUAUGACAAAGUUUUAUUUCUGGCUAUCGGUACUACUUGUCCCCUUCUUGUGGUUGUAUUUUGUUCUAUCUUGUCUAUUGUGUCACUUGGCAGACAUAUCCACAGGAUGACAAAUGAAAAGUCAAGUUUUAGGAGCAUCCAAGCAGAAGCUCAUGUCAAGGCAGCUCGGACAAUGCUCUCUCUCUUAUUCAUUUAUGUACUAUUUUAUGUGGGGGAAACAUUAAAUAUGUCCAUAAGCUUUGGAGAUGGACAACAAAUUUAUGCUGUGUUUGUGGUCCUGUUGUACUCUCAUGCUCAGGCUGCCAUUCUGGUGCUGGUUAAUUCCAAGCUAAAGAGGAGAGCUACCCAGAUUCUUCUAAGAAUUUCUCAGGAACAGUGCAGACAUUUUGCUUGUUCACAGAUUUAA